UGUAGAACAAUGCUGAAAGGAGAAACAACUAAUGCCAUUGGUUCGCAUCUGUCGUUGGAAAAAUUCAAGGCCAUCCCCUGUUCAUUCUUGUCCUUUAUAUGCCAAUGUGUGCUUUACUACCAAUGUGUGGCAGGUAUGGCACACCAUGCAAUUGUGUUCACAUGCUGGUUUCUGCUUAUUGUGCCUAUGUUGUGUCAGUUCAUAAACAAUCAUCAGUGUAUCUAUCAGGGGGAAGAAAGGAAUCAAAAUUUCUACCAGGAUGGAGAUGUAAUUGUGGGCGGAUUGUUCCCUCUGCACUACACCCCGGUGACAACAGUGUGGUCUUUCCAAAAGAAGCCUGCUCCCACUGAGUACAAAUACUUAAAUCCACGAGCUCUCAGAUGGAUGAGCACUAUGACCUUUGCUGUGAUGGAGAUAAACCAGAGAAAAGACCUGUUACCAAACCUGACUCUGGGCUAUCACAUUCGGGACAGUUCUGAUGAUAUUCCUACGUCUUUGAAAGGGUCACUGCUCCUGGUGAAUGGGCAGCCGGACAUGAGACAAGGAUCCAGCUGUGCAGAAGUACGCAGACAGCCCUCUCCAGUCAUUGUGGGAGAUGCAGCAUCAGGGGUUUCCAUGGCUGUGCUGAGAACACUGGGCUCAUUCAGUGUGCCUUUGGUGAGUUACUUUGCAUCCUGCUCUUGUCUGAGUAACAAGAAAGAGUUUCCUGCAUUUAUGAGGACGAUGCCAAGCGAUGAGUUUCAGAUUAAAGCUUUAGCAAAGCUGGUUCAUUAUUACCAGUGGACUUGGGUGGGAGUCAUAGGUGUGGAAUCGGACUAUGCUCGCUUUGCUGUUCAGCUCUUUCUAAAGGAAUCAGUCAGAUAUGAUGUGUGCAUUGCAUAUGUGCACUUCUACCCUGUUACUCUGUCCAGAGAAGCACUAAGAGAGCUGUUGGGCAUUAUUGAGGCCUCUACUGCCACAGUCAUACUUAGUUUCUCUGGGGAAUUGGAGCUGCAGACCAUCCUGAAAGAGUGCAGACGACAAAACAUCACCCAUCUGCAGUGGAUCGCCAGUGAAGCCUGGGCCACUGCAAAGACACUGUGGAGUGAUUUCAGUGAUAUGUUGCAGGGAACGCUGGGAUUUGCCAUUAGGAAAGCAGAAAUCCCAAAUCUAUACAGCUACCUCAGAGAGCUGAACACCUCCAGUCUUCAUGUUUCUAGUUUCUUAGGUGAGUUUUGGGAGGAAACAUUCAACUGCCGGAUCAAUGGGUCUCUAAACACCCAUAUACACAAAGAAGAUGUAAAAAACAGAGGGCCUUGCAGUGGAGAAGAGAGUCUGGAUGAUGUGUACAAUCCCUACACAGAUGUGACCCAGCUUAGAGUCAGCUACAAUGUGUACAAGGCUGUGUAUGUAAUAGCUCAUGCCUUGCAUGAUAUGAGCACAUGUGUUCCCGGAGAGGGCCCUUUUCAGAAUGGGACGUGUGGCAGCCUGAAUCCCAUUCUGCCAUGGCAGCUUCUGCGCUACAUGAAACGAACAAGCUUCACAACGCUGGGAGAAGAUGUCCGCUUUGAUGAGAAUGGGGACCCUAUCGCCUCUUAUGAUCUGAUGAACUGGCAGGUGGCAGAAGAUGGCUCUCUUUUGCUGGUCAAGGUGGGGUUCUUUGAUGCCUCACUAGAGGAGGACAAAGACCUGGUCAUUAAUGAAUCGAUGAUUAUGUGGCACAGAGGAGACAAGGCACCAGAAUCUGUCUGCAGCAAAAGUUGCCUGCCAGGCUCCAGGAAAGCCAGGCGAAAGGGUGAACCCAUAUGCUGCUUUGACUGCAUACCGUGUGGCGAGGGAGAGAUUAGCAAUCAAACAGACUCAAUUGACUGUUUGAGAUGUUCAAAGGAGACGUGGCCGAACCAAGCCAGAGACCAGUGCAUGCCAAAGACCCUGGAGUACCUGUCCUUUCAGGAGCCUCUGGGAAUAGUUCUCUGGGCUGUUUCAACCUUUGGAGCAUUUUUAACUGCAACGGUACUUUUCGUGUUCGUGAUCUACAGGAAGACCCCCGUCAUCAGAGGAAACAACAUGGAACUCAGCUUCCUGCUUCUCCUGUUCCUCUGUGCGUGUUUUCUGAUUGGUCUGACAUUCAUUGGGAAGCCCUCUAACUGGCUCUGCCAAAUCAGAUACACAGCCUUUGGAAUCAGUUUUGCUCUUUGUAUCGCCUGCAUCUUGGCUAAGACAGUAGUGGUUCUGAUGGCUUUCAGGGCCACCCUUCCUGGCAGCAAUGUCAUGAAGUGGUUUGGUCCAGCCCAACAGAGGCUAAGCGUCAUACUGUGCUCUUGUGUUCAAGCACUGAUCUGCAUCAUAUGGCUAACCACUAAACCUCCUUCUGCUGCCUAUAACACUGAGUUUAUGAGUGCUACUAUAAUUGUUGAGUGUAAUGUGGGGUCUGAGCUAGGAUUCUGGUGUGUGUUGGGAUACAUUGGCCUUCUGGCUUGCAUGUGCUUUUUAAUAGCUUUCUUCGCCAGGAAGCUCCCUGAUAAUUACAAUGAAGCAAAAUUCAUUACAUUUAGCAUACUCAUCUUUUUUGCUGUGUGGAUAACUUUCAUCCCGGUAUAUGUAAGCACUCGUGGAAAGUAUAUGGUUGCUGUGCAUGUGUUUGCCAUCUUAGCAUCUGCUUUUGGUCUCCUUUUGUGUAUAUUUGCUCCAAAAUGCUACAUUGUGCUGCUGAGACCUGAUAAAAACAGCAAAAAACAUAUGAUGAAAAAAUAGAUAUAUUGUGCUGGACCCCUACUUUCUUUAUAUAAAAAUAAACAUAAAAUUGUUAAAUUCUUAUGCAGUGUAAAAAUUGAUUGCAAUAAAAAUGAUCCUUUAAAGGUUUGGUCUGUCCUUUCAAAACCUGCACAUGGCAGUAUUAGACAAAUGUUAUUAAAUACAUUUACUGGAAGGUACAACAGUUUACAACAAAACAAAAGAUUGCAGAUAUGAGCAAUUAUGUAUUAUGUUGGUAAAACGUGUUUUGCAGUGCAUUAUGGGUGCUUGAUAGUGAAUUUUAUAGGGAAUAAACUGUAAGAUUGUACUGUUAAUUUUAAAUGGAACUACAUAAUGGCUAACACUCCAUAUAGUGCACUAUACCUAUCUAUCUAUUUAUAUAGACAGAUAACCAAACUUGUCCUGAGAGUCCUCUAGUAGAAAUAUUGCUAUUACAUUCAAUAAACAAUUUAGUUUCUA